CUCACAUCAUAAUCCCUGAAAAGAAAGCCGAGAAGAAGAGAAAAUGGCGAGCCCUAGAAGGAGAUCGGGAGCUCAGAAUUCCAAUGGAGCACGAAGCCCUAACCCUAGUGGAAAUGGAAACCCUCGAAGCAUGGAUUCCGAUGACCCAUCAACCCCUGCCUCUCCGACCUCUGCUGGAUUUAGCACCGACAGGUUGCCACCAAAUACAAGCAGGACUUCUCAGUCGCUUUCGGAUGAAGCAGCAGUUGAUCCUGCGAUCAUUAGAGAUGAAGAAGAGGAAGGGAUGGGAGAAGAAGAAGAAGAGGAAGGCGAGGAUCUCUACACUGAUAAUUUUUUUGAUGAUUAUCGUCCCAUGGAAGAGCAAGAUCGAUACGAAUCAGCUGGAUUAGAUGAUUCCGUGGGGGAUGAGAGGGAUCUGGAUCAAAUCAUGGAGGACAGAAGAGCAGCAGAAGUUGAGUUAGAUGCAAGAGAUGGAACCAGAUUUGACAGGAAGCUCCCAAGGCUUCUCCAUGAUCAAGACACCGAUGAUGACAUUGAUUACAGGCCGAAAAGGUCUAGAGUUGAUUACAGGCGACCCAGAGGAGGAAUGAGUUAUGAAGAUGUCGACGGGGCAACACCAAUCUCACCCGGUGGAGGAGGAUCACAUGGAGGUUACCAUGGAGGUGAGCCACCCACUACCGAUCAAACAGAAGAUGAGGAUGAAGAUGAUGAUGCAGAGUAUGGAAUAUACCGUGUCCAAGGAACUCUGAGAGAGUGGGUUACAAGAGAUGAAGUACGUCGUGUCAUUGCAAAGAAAUUCAAGGAGUUCUUGCUCACCUAUGUAAAUCCAAAGAAUGGAAAUGGGGAGCAUGAAUACGUUCGCCUGAUAAAUGAAAUGGUUGCAGCUAAUGGGUGUAGUUUGGAGAUUGAUUAUAAACAAUUCAUAUUUGUUCAUCCAAAUAUUGCUAUCUGGCUGGCUGAUGCACCUCAGCCGGUGCUUGAAGUCAUGGAAGAGGUGGCACAAAGUGUGGUUUUGGAUCUUCAUAAGAACUACAAGAACAUCUGUCAGCGGAUUUAUGUGAGAGUAACCAAUUUACCAAUUUAUGAUCAGAUAAGAAAUAUUAGGCAGAUCCAUCUGAACACCAUGAUUCGCAUUGGAGGGGUUGUGACCAGGCGAUCUGGGGUUUUCCCUCAAUUACAACAAGUGAAAUAUGAUUGUAACAAAUGUGGAAUGAUCCUUGGGCCUUUCUUCCAGAACUCCUAUUCAGAAGUUAAAGUGGGUUCCUGCCCUGAAUGCCAAUCUAAAGGGCCUUUCACUGUCAAUAUUGAGCAGACAAUUUACAGGAACUACCAGAAAAUGACCCUCCAGGAAAGUCCAGGAAUUGUGCCUGCUGGUCGGCUUCCACGGUGCAAGGAAGUUAUUCUAUUGAAUGACUUGAUUGAUUGUGCACGCCCUGGAGAAGAAAUUGAGGUUACAGGCAUAUAUACAAAUAACUUUGACUUCUCACUCAAUACAAAGAAUGGGUUUCCAGUCUUUGCAACAGUAGUUGAAGCAAACUAUGUCACAAAAAAGCAGGACCUCUUCUCUGCUUAUAAGCUCACUGAUGAUGAUAAGAUAGAAAUUGAGAGGUUGGCUAAGGACCCACGCAUAGGAGAAAGGAUUAUCAAGUCUAUAGCUCCAUCCAUUUAUGGACAUGAAGACAUAAAGACUGCAAUUGCUCUUGCAAUGUUUGGAGGCCAAGAAAAGAAUGUGAAAGGAAAGCACCGCCUCAGAGGAGACAUAAAUGUUCUCCUGCUUGGUGAUCCUGGCACAGCCAAAUCGCAAUUUCUCAAGUAUGUUGAAAAAACGGGGCAAAGGGCUGUUUAUACUACUGGUAAAGGAGCUUCAGCUGUUGGGCUUACAGCUGCAGUGCACAAGGAUCCUGUCACUAGAGAGUGGACUCUUGAAGGUGGAGCCCUUGUCUUAGCCGAUAGAGGUAUCUGCUUGAUUGAUGAGUUUGACAAGAUGAAUGACCAGGAUAGGGUGAGUAUCCAUGAAGCGAUGGAACAACAGAGCAUUAGUAUAUCUAAGGCUGGAAUUGUGACAUCACUACAAGCACGGUGCUCUGUUAUUGCAGCAGCUAAUCCAAUUGGAGGAAGAUACGACUCAUCAAAGACUUUUGUUCAAAAUGUGGAGCUGACGGAUCCGAUCCUGUCUCGAUUUGAUAUCCUUUGUGUUGUUAAGGAUGUAGUUGAUGAAGUUACAGAUGAAAUGCUUGCCAGAUUUGUUGUAGAUAGCCAUGCCAAGUCUCAACCCAAAGGAACCAUUCUGGAAGACCAGCCUAGAAAUCCCAACCCAAAUGAUUCCGUCGAAAAAGAUUUUCAGCCCCCAGUGGAUCCUGAGAUAUUAUCUCAAGAUAUGCUCAGGAAGUACAUAACAUAUGCAAAGUUAAAUGUCUUUCCCAAGUUGCAUGAUUCUGAUAUGGACAAACUCACACAUGUUUAUGCUGAAUUGCGUCGAGAGUCUUCUCAUGGUCAAGGAGUUCCAAUUGCAGUAAGGCAUAUUGAGUCGAUGAUAAGGACGUCUGAAGCCCAUGCUAGAAUGCAUCUGAGGAGUUAUGUAUCAGAGGAGGAUGUUGAUAUGGCUAUCCGGGUCCUGCUUGACUCGUUUAUCUCAACACAAAAGUUUGGUGUUCAAAAGGCUUUGCAGAAGAGAUUUAAGAAGUAUAUGACAUUCAAGAAGGAUUACAAUGAACUGCUCCUGCAUCUUCUGCGGGGCAUUGUGAAAGAGGUGUUGGAAUUCCUACAAUUCAUGUAGAACGGCGGGCUGCCUACACAUGUUGAAGUGAAAGUUGAGGAUCUCAGGAAUAAGGCACAAGAAUAUGAAAUAUAUGAUUUGAAGCCCUUCUUCACCAGCAACCAGUUUUCGAGAGCCAAUUUUGAGCUGGAUGAAGAGCAUGGGUUGAUUAGGCAUCCCGUUGCUGUCUGAUAUGUCGCUUUUUUUCUUGUAUAUAGCAUGGUUUUCCAUGAAGAGUUAUUUAUGUUUGAGGCAAUUAGAAGUUGAGUAAUUUAGCUUUUUAGUGGGCACAAUGUGCAUUCCACUGAACCUAUAAACAAUGGGAAUAGUAAGAUCAUAGUGCUUAACGCAAGCAGCAUUUGCUGCCACUGGCAUUCCUGCUAGGAAUUAGGAUCUUACUACCAUAAACAUCUGUAACUUCUAACACUGAGGAAUUAGGAUCUUAAUAUCAUAACCCUUUGGCA